AUGAAUUCGAUGGUGGUGUUCUUAUCUGUGGUAGCGCUCGCCGCGGCUAUGCCUUCUGGUUUACAGCUUGACGGUGGACUUCUCGCCUACUCUGCACCGAUCGUCGCCUCUGCACCCGCAGCUGUAUCACAUCAAUCCCGACUUGACAUCAAAUCUUCACCAGCUGUAAUUACCACCGCUGCUGUCGCGCCCAUCACUAGAACCAUCGUCGCCGCACCAACAUUGCUUGCGGCUCCUGCCAUUGCUACCGCCGCUAUCGCUCCCGCAGCUGUGUCCAGUCAAUCUCGCAUCGACAUCAAAUCAAGCCCUGCAAUUACCAGCACCGUCGUGUCAACACCUGUCGUGCACAGUGCGCCUGCACUGGCCUAUAGCUCACCUCUUCUCAAUAGUGCCCCCGCUAUCAUAAACACCGGUAUUGUGGCUCCAGCUAUUUUGAAGAGCGCCGCCAUAACCAGUCCAUCCUUUGUUGCACCUGUGCCUCUGAUUGGUGCUCACCUGAUCAAGAAGCGUUCCGCUCCUCUUCUGUCACACUCCUGGAGCACCCCUAUUGCAGCAACCUACGCCACCGGUCCUCUUGUGACCUCCUACUCAGGUCCUAUUGCCUUAUCCACCCCUUUUCUCACUAAGGCGUACAGUUGGCACCCAUAUUGA